AUGUCAGCCACCUCGGCCGACCCCUUUGGCCAGAUCCUCAAGGACCUAGUCCUCAUCGCCAUCAGCCUCGCCUUCAUACCCUUCACCGCGAUAAUCCUUGUCCUGAGCCAUGCGUGGCAGCGCUUCCUGCGUCCCGGCCAGGCCUUCGAUCCCGCCGCCGCCACAGACCGCCAACAGCAACAGCGGCGCACCAUCCUCGUCACCGGCGUCGGUAUGACAAAGGGCCUCACCCUUGCACGACUGUUCCACCAAGCAGGCCACCGCGUCGUGGGCGCCGACUUCUCCCCUUACGCCUGCGGCAGCCGGUCCGUUGCCCUCGACGCCUACCACGUCCUCCAGAAACCCGGCCGAGCCGGAGGCGGUGCCGACCCGUACCUCGACUCGGUGCUGCGAAUCGUCGAGCGGGAAAAGGUCGACCUCUGGGUCAGCUGCUCAGGCGUCGGCUCGGCCGUGGAAGACGGCGUCGUCAAGGAGGUCGUCGAGGCCCGCACGCGGUGCCGUGCCGUGCAGCCCGACGUCGCGCGCACCCGGAUUCUGCACGAGAAGGAUUCCUUCAUGGACCACACGCGCGAGACAGGCCUGCGCGUACCAGAGUCAUACCUCGUCACGAGCCGCCACGAGAUGCUAGCCGCGCUCGAGGAGGCGUCGGGGAGCUUGUCAUACGAUGACGACGAUCCCGCGUCCACCGCCAAAACCAAGAAACCGCGCUUCAUCGCCAAGUCGGUGGGCGUCAACGACCGCGGCCGCGGCGACAUGACGCUGCUGCCGCUGCCGACGGAGAAGCAGACGUACGACCACGUCUACCGCCUUGAGUGGCUGGGCCUGUCGGACAAGGAACCCUGGCUGCUGCAGGAGUACAUCGACGGCGACGAGUUUUGCACGCACGCGCUCGUGGUCCGCGGGCAGGUGAGGGCCUUUGUGGCGUGCCGCUCGGCGGAGCUGCUGAUGCACUACGUCGCGCUGCCGGCUGCGUCGGCGCUGUCGAGGGCGAUGCUCGAGUUUACGAGGAAGCAGGCAGCGUCGUUUGGGGAGGUGUAUACGGGGCACUUGAGUUUCGAUUUCAUGGUCAGCCAUGAGGAUGUUGCUGCGGCGGCGGCGGAUGGGUGUAAGCCUGAGCAGCUCAAGCUGUAUCCGAUUGAGUGUAAUCCGCGGGCGCAUACCGCUGUUGCGUUGUUUGGGGAUACGCCGGAUCUGGUGGAGCAGUAUCUGAGUGUUCUAGAUGAGACGGAAAAUUCUAGUGGCAGCGGCUCGGAGAUUGAUGUGGUGACGCCGAGGAGGCCGGCCAAGUACUACUGGAUCGGGCAUGACCUCUUCACGCUGCUGCUGCUCCCCACGGCGAGGCUGUUGCUCUUCCGGAUAUCGAUUGCGGCGUACUGGCUGUCUGUAAAGACGUUUGUCAAGCACGUCCUAUUCUGGAAGGAUGGGACGUUUGAGCUGUGGGAUCCGGUGCCGGCGUGGUGGCUUUACCACGUUUACUGGCCCAUGACAUUUUGGGACUGCCUUGUGAAUAGGAGGAGCUGGAGCCGGAUCAACGUGAGCACUACAAAGAUGUUUGAGUGCGAUUGA